AUGGCAUCUGAAGACGAUAAGGUCGAGUUUGGCACGGCCAGUCCGCUGCGAAACCCUCUACGAAACCCGCAACCCCAUCCCACAAAGAAAUCGCCUGCCAGCAUAUUCAUCCCCAGACCGAAGCCGAAGCAACAACAGCCAGCAGCGAGUGCGCAGCGGGUAGGACAGAGGUCAAGCGAAUUUCGACCACCAGGCCAGCCUUCACAGUCCACCUCUUUGGCCGCAGCGCUCGGGUCCAUGAAGCUGCAACCCAGCCGAACCUCCGAUCCAGACUUCACCGAAAUAUCGAGACCUUCAAAUGCGGCACUCAAGACCAUUCAUCCUCCUGCGAAGCCGACUUUCUCUUCCAUGAAUCCCGGUCCGCAAUAUCAGGCCUUCGUCCCUCCUCGGAAUGUCGUUGACUUGACCAAGGCGGACGACGACAGCGAUGCAGAGCAUUUCGAGCCAGAUGCGGGAAUUCGAGCGAACACGGGGACGUUCGGCGCACAAGACCCAUACAUGUAUGUUGAUGCGAAUCAAGCAAGCGAAAACAUCAAAAACCUGCUCGAGGGUGCCUUUGAUGAUGAAGACGACAAGGGUAGGACCCGACUUCGGCGACGCGUCAAGAAGGUGGACAAGCAGGAGAAGGAGACAAACAGCCUCGCUGAUAAGCUCGCGGCGUUGAGUGUCAAGCAGACAGAAGAGGCGGCCGAAGAGGAUGGCGAAGAGGAGGAGGAGGAGGACGGCACUGUCGAUGGCAUGACCGUCAAGCUACUACCUCAUCAGGUGGAUGGUGUAUCUUGGAUGAUUGACAAGGAGAUUGGAGUGCGAAAGACAAAAGGGGUCCUGCCAAAUGGUGGCAUCCUCGCGGACGACAUGGGUCUGGGUAAGACUGUGCAGUCGGUUGCAUUGAUCCUCACAAAUCCGCGGCCGGCGCCAGAUGCGAAGCCAGAGCACAAGAAGCAGAAGUUACCUGGCAAAGAGAUCGGCAAAGGCACACUUGUCGUUGCCCCUCUCGCACUGAUCAAGCAAUGGGAGGCGGAGAUCAAGUCCAAAGUCACGCGGAGCCACGCGCUCAAGGUACUUGUACAUCAUGGACCAAGCCGCACCAAGUCCAGCGCGGAGCUGAAGAAGUACGAUGUGGUGAUCACCACCUUUCAGACUCUCACAUCAGAGCACGCCGGAUCGAACAUGACAGUGACGGGCGGUAGCAGGAUUGGCUGUUUUGGAGUGAACUGGUAUCGAAUCAUGCUCGAUGAGGCGCACAGUAUCAAGAACCGCAACGCCAAGUCUACACAAGCGUGCUACGCGUUGGAAGGCUACUACAGAUGGUGUCUGACCGGGACGCCUCUCCAGAACAAUCUCGACGAACUGCAAUCGUUGAUCCGCUUCCUUCGCAUAAAGCCUUACUGCGAGCUGCCAGCUUGGAAGGACGCCAUUACCACGCCCAUGAAGAGCGGUCGCGGUGGGCUUGCCAUGCGCCGUCUACAAAUCUUCCUCAAGGCCUUCAUGAAGCGCAGGACCAAGGAUAUUCUCAAACUGGAUGGUGCUCUCAACUUCGGUGGAAAGGGCGGGGAGAACAACGGCGGUAUGCAGAUUGUCAAGCGUGAAGUUCUGACGAUCGAAUGCGACUUCGACGCAGAGGAGAAGGAAUUCUACGAUCGAAUGGAGGAUCGGGCAGAUCGUCGCAUGCAGGACAUGAUGCACGAUGGGAAAAAGACGGACUACAUGGGCGCGCUUGUGCUGCUGCUCAGGUUGAGACAGAUGUGCGAUCAUCCGCAGCUCAUUGAGAUGGCCAUGACUAAGGACAAGGACGCCAUGACGACUGGUAUGCCAGUGUCUCAGCAGACCUCCAGAUCUGGCGAGGUUGAUGAGAUGGAUGCUUUGACUGCCCUGAUGGGAGGAGUAACUGUGCAGGCUAAGAACUGUGAUGUCUGCCAGGUCAGGAUGUCGGAUAGUGAGGCCAAGGGUGGAGCUGUGCGAUGUACCGAAUGUGAAGAGGACAUUGCAGCGAUGAAGAAGCCCAAGAAGGAGAAAAAGUCGAAGAAGACAAUCAAGGAGCAGAAGAAGUCUGAGAUCAAGCAUGAGCCUCGCCGAGUCCGCAACCGCAAGAUCAUCGACGACAGCGAUGAUGAGGAGGAAGGUACCGGCGAGUGGAUCGCGAACGAGCCCGAGAGUAACGUUGACUUGGGUCAAGCUGGCGGUACUGAUGAUGAAGACGCCGAUGGCGGUGGUGAGAGUCUCAACACUAUCGACUCGGACAGAAGUGAGGACGACACUUCUGACAUUGAGGACUCGCCACCUCUUCGCCAACUCCUCCGCAUUCUACACAAGGAGACUCCCGAUCACAAAGUGAUUGUUUUCUCGCAAUUCACCACCAUGCUCGACCUGAUCGAACCCCACCUCAAGGCUACCAAUAUGCGAUUCGUGCGCUACGACGGCAGCAUGCGUCCGGACGCCCGCGAACAAUCCCUCAACUCCCUAAGAUCCGACGCUAAAACUCGCAUCCUGCUCUGCUCGCUCAAGUGCGGCAGUCUCGGCCUCAAUUUGACAGCUGCCUCCCGCGUCGUCAUUGUCGAGCCAUUCUGGAACCCCUUCGUCGAAGAACAAGCGAUCGACCGCGUGCACCGUCUGAAUCAAACCAUCGAUGUCAGAGUCUUCCGCUUGAAAAUCCGCAACAGCGUCGAAGAGCGUAUCCUUGAACUACAAGAGAAGAAACGCGAACUCGCCAACGCGGCGAUCGAAGGCGGGAAGGGCAUGGGCAAAUUGUCUAUGCAGGAUAUUCUGGGUCUCUUCAAGCGCGAUGCAGAGCAUGGGGAGCAUAGCGCAGAGGAUCGAAGGUAUCAUGAGAGAUUUGGUGGAGAUCAGAGACUCUUGGACUCGAACAGAGUGAGCAGUCCGGUGAAGAACACCGGAGUGUAUGGAGGUGGGGGUACGAGUGCGCCUCGUCAACCGGCAGCGAAGAAGCCUGCGCCCAGGAUGCACACCGAACAUGAUGUUUACGGGAGGAGGUGGUAGAGUGGGAGAAGACGAGUGAAGUGGGUGUUGACAACUUGGAUGCAAGAUUAUGAGAGGGCCCUGGCCCAUUGUAGUAGACUAGAUACACGCGGGUUGGACACCAUCGGGCCGAGCAUGCGACUGUCGAUGUCCAUCAUGGUGGUUGACGAUGAUCCGCUUCAAUGAGACAGGGCGUUGCACAUACAACACUUGGCCUCAAACGGCGCUGCUCGGACAAGAAGCC